AUGGCGACCGCUGCCUCCGGUCCGGGCGACCGACCCCGCGACGAAAACACCGCCGCCGCACCGGCCGCGACGAUAAUGACUGACGCCCAACGGUGCGCACAAUAUCAACCCCGCCCGCUCAGCCCAUGCGCUGCCAUCAUCACUAACCCACCAUCACCACCAUCAGAUGUCCUAGACGACUUUUCCGAACCCCAAGCGCAGUCCGCGCCCGCGCCCGCGCCCACGGCCACACAAUCAGACCCCGCCACUGGCGUGGCCCCAUCUGAUUUCGACGAGGAUGCCUUCCUCAAGCAACUGGAGAAAGACAUGGCCAAUAUGAUGGCGAACCCCGGCGCUGCGGGCCCCGGUGCCGCCGACUCGCACGACUUCCACUCGGCCGUCGACCAGGGCGCCGACGCCUUCGCGAAGCAGCUCGAGGAGAGCGGGAUCCCGCCGGGCGACUUCCUGAAACAGCUCCUGGCCGACGUGAUGGCCGAGGAGGGCGACAGCACCGGCACCGAAGCAGGGGCGAAGCCGACACCGCCACCAGCGCCGGGCGCGGACGCGGAACAGCCUGAAAACUUCAGUGAUGCGAUCCAGCGCACUAUCGAGCGGAUGAAGCAGUCUGGUGAUCGGGCGACGGAGGCCGCGACUACGGACGACGGGCUGUCGGAAGAUAUGCUGGCACAGCUGCUGAAGGCAGUUGAGGCGGGAGCUACCGGUGCCGGCGAGGACGGCGACCUGACGAAGAUGUUUAUGGGGAUGAUGGAGCAGUUGUCGAAUAAGGAGAUGCUGUAUGAGCCGAUGAAGGAGCUGGAUGGCAAGUUCGGGCCCUGGAUCGAGAAGAAUAAGUCGACGGGCACGGUGCCUGUGGAGGAUAUGGACCGGUAUGAGACGCAGGCGCGGGUUGUGAAGCAGAUUGUUCUGAAGUUUGAGGAGCCUGGCUACUCGGAUGAGGAUGCCCAGUGCCGCGAGCAUGUGUGGGGACUGAUGCAGGAGAUGCAAGCUGCAGGCAGCCCGCCGGAAGAGCUUGUUUCAAAUCCGCUCAUGGAGGAACUGGGCAGUGCAGCCGGAGGUGCUGCAGCUCCAGGAGUUCCUGAUUGCCCGCAGCAAUAA